AGUGUCAACUUAUUCGAAUUGAACAUUAAACUCAGUUAAGCAUCGACUGCCAACAAGUUUAGACGAAUUACUUAUAAAAUGUUGAAAAUUAUUUGCUUUAUGGUCUUUGCCGCAUCAACGGCUUAUGCUGCCAGUUUCGGUAAUGCGUUGCAAUCAACGACAGAAAAACAUGAAGUCAUACCGUUACUGAAUUAUGAACGUGUCAGUAAUCCAGACGGCUCGUUUAGUUUCAGCUAUGAAGGUGGCGACAAUACGCAUCGUGAGGAAACUGCUCACGUUGUAGAUGCUGGCACAGAUGAUGAAGCUCUAGAAGUGUCUGGCUCUUAUCGCUAUGUCGAUGAUCAGGGUCAAGUGGUAGAAGUCCACUACACAGCCGGUAAAAAUGGUUUUGUACCGAUAGGUACAAAUAUACUUUCGGAAAUUUCCGCAGCUGCUAAAGCAGCCGCUGAACGUGCCGAAGUUUUCGAAGCGGACGAACAUUACAAACAAAAUUAUAAAAAUUACAAAAACUAAGAACAUGAUGCCAUAGGUCCAGUUGUCUCAGUCGUAUUUGUUGUAAACUUGUAACGAGAAUACGGUGGUAACUUAAUACUCAGGAAAUGUCCACAAAGUUAUUGUUAUAAAUUAAGUUGUUUUGAAUAAAAUCGUACCCAUAACUUGAUCGCAUCCUAUUAAUCUUAGGGGAAGAAAAUUUGCUUUUAUAAGGUACGGAUUAGUACGUCUUAAGACAAAUUGUGACAACACGUGUUCGUUAAUUUAAAAAAAAAAGUAGCCAUGUACAUGCAUUCGUUGCCUUGUUCGUGAAUAUGGUUUACGUUUCAUAUAAAAUCUAAGACUAUCUACUUAUAAAUCUACCUGUAAGUAAAUUAAUUAUUUUUAAGCAUUUGCUGCACCGUCACUGUGCGAGCACUGCUUACAUUUCAAAAAAGAGCAAAGCGUAAAAAUAAAA